GUUGCAACAAAUCUCUCUUUCUUAUUUCUCUCUCUCUCCCCGUGUCUAUCAUCGUCCUCAUUUUCCUUUCUCCUAUUACAGUGGAUUACUCGAGAAUUUAUUAGAAAAUUACCUACUUUAUUCCUAAAUAAUUACAAAAGACAACAGCAUCUUGUUAAAAUUUUGAUUUACACUCCUGACUAAUUAGCACUGUGGAAAUUUUGAAGGUACUGUCGGACUUAAGGUAAAGAAAUAUGUCAGGUGGGCUUAACCGAUCUUCAAGCGCUGCUUCUAAGAAUGUCCUUCCUCCUCAAGAACUCCUGGAUGAUCUCUGCAGCCGCUUUGUCCUGAAUGUGCCAAAAGAGGAUCAGCAGUCUUUUGAGAGGAUUUUGUUUCUUGUGGAGUAUGCACAUUGGUUUUACGAAGACAAUUCAGUUGAGAAAAAUCCGUCUUUGAAGCUCAUUUUGGGUGUCCUUUUCUAUGAACAUGAGCUGCAAACAGUGUUUAACAACUGUGAUGUUCUAAAGCCCUACGUUGCCCACAUAGAUGACAUAUUUAAGGACUUCACUUCAUAUAAAGUUCGAGUUCCAGUGACUGGGGCAAUUAUACUGGAUGAAACUUAUGAAAGGUGUUUACUAGUGAAGGGAUGGAAAGGAACUAGUUGGAGCUUUCCCCGCGGGAAAAAGAGCAAAGACGAGGAAGACCAUAAGUGUGCGAUUAGAGAAGUGGGGGGUCAGACAUAUGGAUUGCUGCGUUCUUCUGUCCUAGAGGAAACAGGAUUCGAUGUUUCAAAUCUUCUUAGCAAAGAGGACCACAUUGAGAUGAUUUUCGGGCAGCAGAGAGUAAGACUGUACAUAAUUGCUGGGGUGAAUGAUGAGACAUAUUUUGCUCCACAGACUAAGAAGGAGAUCAGUGAAAUUGCAUGGCAGCGGCUGGAUGAACUUCCAGCAAACAACGAUGUCAUAUCUCGUGGGACAACAGGCCUCAAGCUCUAUAUGGCAUGGAUUUCAGUGCAUCCACCUAUUGCUCCCAGAUCAGAUAAACCUUGCAAAGGAAUUAGCGUGUGGAGGGCUAAACAUGGUUCUAGUGGAGGCAGCUCAACAGCAGUCGAGAGCCAGCUGAGUAGAGCUGUAGCUGAUGUGCGUCCUCCUGAGGCUGUCCAAGUGAGAAGCUUCGUGAACUUCCGGUUUGACACUGGCCCAAUAUUACAAGCUAUAGAUCUUGCAUUCUCUGCUUAAGUGGCCCAAGUAUUCCUUAUAUAGAAAUUUGCAUGCAUGCAUAUUAUUUGAACCCUUUGAAAGGCCAGUUCCCUUAAUUCUGACACAUUUAAGUCAUUAACGCGCCUUGGUGGCACUAGUUGAUGUACAUUUUGUUCCUAGUUUACUUUUGGCUUCAUAUGUAUUAUGUGCGUAGAGAAUGUAUUGGCGAAUAGGUCAGUUUGAUUAUUGUAUUUCUCUACUCUUUAGUUAUUGGUAUGGAGUGUUGGGUUGUUUACACUGUUGAUAGCUUUUGUGAAUUUAUUUGAAAACAAAACCGUGGUUUUUGUUGAAGUAA